GCAUAACGGAGAUGAUGAAUAUUAAUCAGGCCAGAGAAUAUCGCAACGAUAAAAAAAAAGAUAAUUUCGGAACUAUUAAAAAGAUGAUGAACUGUCGUAAAAUGAUGAAGGUACAGAAUAAUACCAUCCGACAGGACAAGUAUAUUUGGAUAAGGAAACGACGUUUGAAACUUUAGGACGAAGUUAUUUCAUAAAUGAAACCCAGCUCUUUCUGUUCGGGUGAGCGAACCGAUGAAAGAAACUCUGUCACGGACAAUAGCAGAUUAUAUAAUGACUUGGAGGAAUCGAAAGAAAUGCCUCUUCGAUAUUUCUUCGAAGGGAUAAUUGUCGUUCGCAGAUCCGUCUGUCACAGCCAGAUUUUCAACCCCCGCGUGUACCAUCCGUAUAAAAGUACCGCGGCUCGACUCCCUUGGUACACUUCCAUCUAAACCAGCUAACAGUAACGGUAUUUGCGUUUACCGCAGUUCCUCCGAUAAUUUCGCCCGUUCGACCGUUGCUCCUGAAUAUUAUUUUCGAAGCCACGAUGGCAUCGAUGAAGUGUGUAAUAAUUUUAAUUAUGAUGAUGGGAAUCGCGCUUGGAACAACCGAGGACUCUUACAGGAAUCUAUUGGGACUGAACGUGCCAUACGCCAGAGGAAUGAAUAACGAUUUACAACUCGCAAGACUGCUGACGCUACCACAAUGCCUCUGCCAUAAUAAACGGAACUCGGAAUUGAUAAACUCAUUGUUGGGCCUACCGAAGAACAUGAACAACGCUGGCAAAUAA